CCCUCCAUAAAGAACCUAAAAGCAGCCGCUCUCUCAGGUGAGACAUCUUUCCCUUCAUUCAAGGUCAUCAUUUGGAGCCUCGCGGCGGCUUCGUGUCCCACCUGAGCUCGUGUCAUUCCGGAUUUAAAAAAAAAAUACAAGCACGCGCAUCCGUCUUGUUUCAUCACCUGCUCGCGCGCACGGCGGCCGAUUUUUACCGCAGUGCAUCCGCAGCAUCCCGCGCUGCCGCUGUGGCGUCAGAGACUAAAGCCUCCGAUCCGAGAGGAGAAGCCCUCCGAGCGGCUUCCUGCCUGCCUUCCUACCCGGCCUGCCUGCCUUCCUGCCCGGCCUGCCUGCGAUGCCCGUGCGGCGGAGCUUCCAGCAGCAGGGGGUCAUCAGAUAGGAGCGCGCGCCUUCAGCUGCCAUCGGAGGGAGGGACACCGUGUCUGGGCUUCUCUUCUUCCAGAGCUGCAGGCCUUUAAGCACAGCUGCGGGUUUUUUCCUGAUCGUUCCCACCAGAGCAGCCUGCGGUCUGAGUUCUGUAUUUAACCCGGUAGCAUCACACUGGUAGCCAUCAGAGAGCUUUAUCUGAUCCGUUUAUGCAUUAGCAUGUGAGUGUUGCAGAGUAAUCAGUAGCUGUUGCAUGUUGCACAUUUAAAGAUCCAUCUCUUUGGCUCUAAUGACCCUCUGAGACCUCAGGGACAACACAGCUCAGGGUGUGGAUGUGGAGGACACUGUGAGGCUGCAGAUAUCCGGAGAGAUCCGCUUGGAAGGAAGAGUCCUCAGGCUGGACUGCAGACCCAGAGCUGAGCCCUAAGCAGCAAUAAUCUUAGUCCUACAGCAGUCAGCAGAUCCAGGUUAGAAGUGCUGAGUUAGUGACAGCAUGGCCCCUGUAGCCCCCCUGCUGCUCCUCUCUCUGCUCUGCGGCCUGUUUGUGGACCGCGGUGAAGGCGCCUGUGCAGAGGUGGACUCCGACACGGAGGCGGUGGCGGGCAGAGGUUUCAAACUGGGCUGCAUUUCCUGCAAAAAGAGAAGCGAGGUGCAGGCAUCUGCCACCGUGGAGUGGUUCUUCAGUCCGACUGGGGAAUCUGACUUUAAACCGAUCUACACCUACAAUGAGAACGGCCCCUCUAUCGAGCACGAUCAGUUCAUGGACCGCAUCGACUGGAACGGCAGCAAGAGAAGCAACGACAUCCAGGAUGCUUCCAUCUACCUGUUCAACGUCACCUUCAACGACUCGGGCACCUACCAGUGCUUCCUGUACCGCACCCUCAUCUAUACCAACGACGAGUACCACGACGAUAUCAACAAGGUGGUGCACCUGACCGUGGUGGCCAAAGGUACGAUGUACGACGCCGUCAUGAAGCGUUCAGCUUCCGUUGGCGCUCUGUGACGCUCUAGAUCUAGAUCUCUUAAACAGGAUCAUGUUGGGGGCCAUUUACAGAGUUUUGAUGGCCCCCAGCGACGACUGAAGAAUGUUGGAAACCUUGGGCCUGAUGCAACAACAUCUUCUUAUUCUUAUCGUAAAUUUCUCUUUUCUCCUACAGUGGGUUUUUAAGAAUACGACGCGAAAGAUUUAACAAACAAUCCUCCUAAACGUGAUGCAGUCCGCCUGUGCUUAAGAGAGCACGCCAUCCUGACAAACGUAAAUCUGCAUAAUUACCGCGCAGAUACUGCCUUAUAAGCAGAGAUGGCAAAAGUACUCACUUUCCGUACUUGAGUAAAAGUACAGAUACUUGAGUUAAAAAAUGCUCUGGUAAAAGUGGAAGUACUGAUUAAACUUCUUUACUCAAGUAAAAGUAACA